GUGAACUUCCGGUAAGAAUUUGCAUCGGUAAGAAAUCCUAUACGGCUACGUAUAAAUCAUGUCGCUCGUUGCAUAUGCUUCGAGCGGCGACGAAAGUGACGAAAGCGAAGAAGCACCUGUUAUGCCCACUGCAGACGUAGUAAUAAAUAAGGAACCACGCGCAACGCCUGCUGACGAAGAAGAGAGUCACGAACAUCAGAAACCUGCUUCUGCAACUAGCGUCUCUGAGGCCGGGCAUUUUUCGGACUCGGAUUCCGAAGGGGAGCAAGAAACUGACCAUGACACCACCAUCAAUAAUACACAGGAGCCUAACAUAGGUUCAUUAUUGAAAGGAUUGCCAGAGCCAAAGGCAUAUGAUGAUGCUGCCAUACCAGAUAAAAACCAGAAAGCAGAAGAGGAUCUUGAAGAGGAAGUUAAACCCAAACUGUCCCAGAUUAAAGAUGCACCAAAACCUCCACCAAAGAGAGCUAAAGUUAGAAUCACCAUACCAGCUCUUCAGAAUGAUUCUGACGAGGAAAAACAGGUCACAAAGAAGCCCAAGCUGUCCUCAAAUGUAAAAUCUGGUCUCACCGCCUUACUACCAGCUCCGGUCCACGCAGCCACCAAGGAGACAAACAGAAUCCUUUUACCUUACACCCUUAAAAAGCCUCAGGAAAAAAAGAAACCGGAACCAUCAAAAACAGAUAAAGUGACAUCCAACCCUCAUCCUAAAUUCCAAGGUUUGCCAAGUUAUGAAAGUGACAGUGAUGGUGACGAAGCUGAUUCAGAAGCCACCAAUUUUUUUUCAUUGGGUGGUUCAGAAACUUUGGCUGCAGGACCAGUGCUACCUGAACCCUUUCCUAUGCAAAAAACUAGUAAAUUGUCUCUGCCUCCGCCAAAGAUGUCGCAGACAGACAACAGUGAAACCAUUGAUCUUAAAAGUGCUAGUGAUACUACUGGAAGUGAAGUGACUUCUAUGGCUAGUGAAGAUUUAGUUGAUACAGAACAGCCUAAUAUGGCAUCAGCAGCAGCAGCCUCAUCAAUGUUUGGUCAGGACGAACCACUGUCUUUUAAAUCUGGCAAUUGGAAUACUAUGUCAGCACCCUAUCAUGUACCUUAUGGUGGAUAUGGAUCAGACUCCGAGACAUCACCAAUGGCAACAGAAAUGGCAGGUCCCCAGAUGGACUAUGUUCAGUAUGAGGCUGGCCCACAGUAUUCCCAGAACUACGAGAAAGAUGCAGAGUUUUUAAGAAUGCAAGGAAAAAAACAGAGAGGAAAAGAAGAGAUAAAUAUUGUAGAUGUAAAUGCAGAUGAUUUCAUCAGCGCUGUGGACAUUCAAAAAGCUAUGUCUGAGGAAACAAAGGGAGAAUAUGCAGCACACAGAAAGAAGGAUGGUCCAACAUCACAGCAAAAACGCAAACAUCACAUCACAUACUUAGCUCAUCAGGCCAAGGAGACUGAGCUUGAACUGAAGAACCAGUGGUCGAUGAACAGAAUGACAAAACGACAAACUCAGGCUAAAUAUGGCUUCUGAUUUUUUUUACCAGUGCAAUGUAAACAGACCUUUUUCUGGAGGAAAUUUAUUCAAUAUAGAUUGAUUUUAUCUAGUGCCUUCACUUGCAAUCAGAGACUAUAAUUAUGCAAGUGAAGUAUGCUAUCUUACCGGAGCUCAACAAGCAUGAAGUAAAAAGACAAGGGAAGUAACUCUACUGCUCUUAACAGCAGCAGUGUCAAGGAUGUAGAAUUACCAGUUUUUCUUCCUUUAAAUAUUACAUUUUCAGUUGUGAAGUCUGGCGGACCAGUAAAUAUUAUUGCAAGCUCUGAAAGUCUUAGGGACGGCCUUACAAAACAUGUCAGGUCAAAAUUCUGGUUACAUACAGUACAUGUUUUAUAAAAGACUUGGGUUACAAUACAUGGUUUUUUUCAAGACUUAGGUUACAAACACGUGUUAUUAAAUAUUUGGCUUAUAGUACAUGUCCUACAAAGUUUAUAUUUGAUUAAGAACAUAAAAAAUGUACAUGGGCUGUACAUGAUAUACUAGCCCGAGUUUCCUCUGGUCCUUACACCAGACUUGGACAUUUUGACAUAUUGAUGUCGGGUGUGGGGCUAGAGCGCACUGCUAUAUGAAAACAUGGAAUUCUCUGACACCGUUUAGUAUCAGGAAGUGACUUAAACAACAUAAAACACCCAAUCCCAAAAUCUCCUAAACAAUAAUGAUAUAUUCCAUUUUCGGCCCGGAUCAGUACGUCUUGUUGAUUAGUCACUCCCAUGAUCUACAAAAUGGCGUUCGCUCAGGUGGGAAAUUUUGAACGAUUGUAAACCGAAGAGUCUACUGACAGAACUUAGCAGCUGUUGGUGAUAAUAAGAGCGGAUUUGGAUAAAUAAAGAAUCCAUUUAUUGAUAUUUGUGAGGUAUGUUUAGUGUCAGCACCUCAGAACUCUUCGAUACCAAGCGACCAAGCAGUGCCGGAGAAUUCAACGUUUUCUUAUAGAAGUGCCCUCUGGCCCCACACCAGACAUCAAUAUGUCAAAAUGUCCAAGUCUUGUGUUAUAAUCAGGGGCAGAGGAAACUCAGGCAAAUGAUAUACAUGGAUGUUUUACUACCAUUCAGAGUCCUAAAUAGUUUCAUUUUAAAGUAUUAAUAUAUAAUGCUUUGUUGAAAAACAUUUUGCUAAACUUUCCUUGUAAUAUUUACUUCAUUAUAGUGUUUGGUAUUGAAAAUACAAUUGAGUUCUGUGAAUUUGUUAUUUAAGAUCCAGUUUGCAUUUACACCUGAUUGAUGUCAAAGACAUAUCUUCAUGACUGAAAGUCAGUAUCACCUUGGAUAGUUCUGAUUCAUUCUCCACAAAGUUUUAUAAAAACUUUUGUAUCUCGGCAUCUCCACAUUGUAGCCUUUAUUGUGGAAAAAAAAGAUGUGUAGACAUGCUUAACAUAUUUCUUGUAAAUCGGUUAGGAAAAUAAAAAUAUUUCAAUGGUCAGGCCUUGGUUACAUUUGAAAUUGGCCAUACUAUGUUUCGUUCAUCAUAGAUAACACUCAUGUGAUAGAUUGUAUCUAGUAAACAUGAACACCAGUAGCACAUGGAUUUUCCACAAUAAAACGGAUCCAAUUUUUACCACUUCUGAGAAUUAAUAUAGGAUGAGCCAGGUUUUGGUUGUGGAUGAAAACUGGGGUAACCUUGAGAAAAAGCACCGACCUGCGGCCAGUGCCUGGUGACUGCCCAACGUAGGCCUCGAACCUUCGACCCAGUGGUGGAGGGCUAGUAAUCGUAAACAGUCAGAUGCCUUAACCACUUGGCCCCUGCAGUCUCCUUAAUUUUCUUGUACUUGGUUGAAAAUCAUAUAGAUUAAUUAAAUUUCUUUUCAAUGAUACAUGAAGAAAUAUUAUGAAAAGAUAAAUUCUAAAAUUUAUGUUAGGACGGCUUUUAAAACUAGACAUGACCACCAGAAAGCACAAUAUUUUAUUUGUAUAUGUUGACAAGAUACAAGUACAUCUAUUUUGAUUUGUUGAUACCAUUGAAGGUAUCUUACGAAGUAAAGGAUAUAUACUGUAUACCGGGAAAUUUUCACCCUGUCAAACGUUUGCCCUUCGCCCUUUGAACUCAAUUUACGCCCAGUGUUAGUUUCGCCUUUCUCAUUCAGUGACUCUGUAUGUUAUGUUGUUUACUUACACUCGCUGUAUUGAUAAAUUUGCCCUUUUUACGGAGGGAGAAAAAGGCGAAAAAUUCAACUGCAGCAAAAUUUCCCCGUAUACAGUAUUUACUGCUAGGACACAUCAUAUAAACAGGAAACUUGAUGAUAAAAGUUUUGUUUUUGUAUAAUUAUUCUCAUGGUUUUAACGUUAAGGAAUGAUAACUUAUACUAGAAAAUACUAGAGAUAAAAUAUAAAAGUAUUCUAUGGUAUGUUGUAAACACUGCCACCUUUGGAAUGUUUAUUUAUAAAACAUAUAACUUUAUAUUGGAAGUGUGUCAAGUGUUAAUGAUUUUUAAAUGUAACAUACAUGUAGUAAGUCUAUUUGAUAUUUUAUACUGGAGUACAACCAGCUAGUGGUUUAGUUUCACUUUGUCACUGCAGCGUUGAUGAAUGUUUCACAAGUAUUAUGUUGAUUUUCUGGUAUUGCCUGGGAUUCAGUUUGUAUAUGAGGGUACAUUUCCUGAAUAUAGAGCUUUAAAUUGCUUUUAAAUUUAAAUAUUUGUAAUACACUCUAAACAUCUGUGAUGUAAGUCUUUAAUACAGGUUAAUUAAUUCCAGUAUGCUUUCUGUUAAAUACUUUGCCCUGAAGUUAGGAAUUUACCCGGUAUGAAUAUAUGGGAUGGAAGAAAGGGACAGUCACAGGUAGGGUGAAACUAAUAAUUGAAAUUUGCGGGAGGGCUAAAAUAAUUACUGACAUUUGUAUAAUGGGCCCAGAAAACUAUUGGAGACAUUAACAAAAAGUGGCCCUAUCCCCACCCACUCCACCCUAUACAUUUAUACCUGGAACAGACUUAUAUUUAUUCAGAUUCAGCUCAUAAAGAUACAUGUUACUUACAUCAUAUUUGUACUAAACUUACUGUACUAGAAACCUGCCUAUUAAAAAGUCUUGA